GACAAGCUCGGCUUCAUGAAGAUCCAAUCGAAGAUCGAGACUGAUCCCUACGUCCACGAUGGAGAAGAGAAGGCGAGAGCAGACUGGAUUCCUGGAGCUGUGUUUCUGCGAGGUGGGAGUGUCGCUGUGCUGAUCAUUGUGCAACCAGAGGACGCGCAAGGAGAGGACGAGAAGCACGUUAUAUUGACAGUCCAACCCCGCAUCGCCGCAGGCUCACUAGCAUUCACCGAGAUACCAGCGGGUAUGCUAGACGGCGGCUCGCUCAAGGGCGCAGCAGCGAGCGAAAUCGAAGAAGAGGCGAACCUGAAAGUAAAGGGGAGUGAUCUUCUCAACAUGUCAGAACUCGCCCUCAAAGAUGUUUCCGUUGUACCGUGGACAUCAAAUUACAACAAUGUGGCGGCGAAGGGAUCUGAGAGUGUCGAGAACUCCAUGUACCCAAGCGUUGGUGCUUGCGACGAGUUCAUACCGAUCUUCCUCUGCCAGAAGCGGCUCACUCGACGUCACAUGAACUGGCUUAAAGACAAGGCUACGGGUUUGCGCGACGAGGGUGAGAACAUUACACUCAAGCUUGUGCCGUUGAGUAGGGCUUGGAGAGACGCGGGACGUGAUGCUAAGGCGCUUGCUGCGAUAGCCUUGUAUGAUAACUUGAAUAGGGAGGGAUGUAUUCCUGACAUGCCUCAGAAGGCUGAAGCUGAGCCGGAAGACCUCGAAUAGGAAGUACAAGGGUACAACGGCAGUCAGAUGACCCGCGGCCCAGGUGACAUAGAAAGUAGCCAAGCCCUCAGGCACCAACGUGCCCCACGAAUCGAUCUCUCAAACCAUCA